GGUGCAGUUAAGCAGCCAGAGUGAGGCGACAGAGCGGAGGUGACAGCGGAGAAUGGAGAGGAGCCCGUCCGCCCGGCGAGCUUUGACCGCGGCGAGCGAGGAGAACCCACUCGGCCCUUUCCUUCUGCGGCCGUCGUGCUGAAAGAAACCCGGGGAGGAAUCAACUAAGAGAGGGGAGCGGAGGAGGGAGGAGGAGGCGGAGGUGGUGGGGGAGUCAAAGGAAAGGAAUGGCUGAUCCUCUGCGGAGGACUUUACUAGCGAAACUCCGGGGGAAGAAAUCCAAGAAAGCAGCGACUGUCGGCGGAUACCGCUCUGCGGCGGCGGAUGGGGGCCGAGAAGGUAAAGAAAAAGUUUCGCAAACGCAGGUCGACGCGGCUCGCGCGGCGGUCCGGCUCGCGGGGCCGGACCGCGCGGCGGACAGAAUGAGCACGUACGAGAAUUGUGCCGGCGGGGCGGCGGUGCGAGCGGAGGCGGUCGUUCUAGUCCGGCGGGGCCCCCGCGGAGAGAGAGCGUCCGGCGCACGUCCCCAGGAGCCGGGCAGCGGGGGCAGGGUCGGGGUUAACGAGCAGCUCCCGGGGGUCUCGCUUCAAAGAGACGCGCGCUUCGCGGUGGGCGGCGAGUGCGCGCGGGCAGACGGGAGCCACCGGGGGCCCGGGGGCCCCGACGAACGCGCGCCGUGUGCGCGGGGAAUCGCGCUCGCGGGACCGCGUGUCCAGGGGAGACACCGCGCCCCGGAGCCGUGGCAGUGCAGCGUCGGGGACUCGAUCGGCUUCGGGGGCGCUUCGAACCGCGCUCCGCACCGGGCGCCGGUGGAGCCGCGUGCCGGGCUCGGCAAAGCCCCGGAGGACGCUGAUGGCGAGGCGACGGAGCCCGUCGGCCGCCGGCGCAUGGCAGGCUGCGCGGCGGCGGCGGCCGGCGGUGGACGCAACGCCAACCGGAGCGGGGAUGACAAUCAGACUUCCGGGACGAACUCGCUCGUUCGCGCCGAACUUGCGCACCCGAGCUGCUCGGAAGAAAACAGCGUGAUCAGGAGCGUUGAGAGUUACGGGCCCGAGUGCGCGGGGGACCCCAGGGGGCCCGCGGGCGGUCUGCAGAGCCCGACCUUCUUCCCGACAGAGUUAGAAAUAUGCGACCUAAACGUGGCACCCCUCUGCGCCACACAGGGGCCGCCGAGAUACACUUCAGAUAGUGAAGAUGAGGAUUAUUAUGAUAACGAAAUCCUGCCUUUCUAUGAAACGAUCAGAGCAAAAGGUGAUGGAGAUGGAGAUGCCGCAGAGCAGCCGCGGCUCGAUGGGGACAAUGAACAGCUCGAUGUUAGUAGCAGCUCUCAGGAAACAGACCGGCUCAGGAACCGGCUGAAAGAAGCCUAUUACCUUCUUAUCAAUGCUAUGAACGAUAUCAACCUGGACGUCCAGCAGGUGAGUGGUGGUUUAACCGAGCAAGGGGCCACCUCCUCCUGUAGUAGCCACUCCAGGGACAGCCUGUGCUCCAGGUUGUCUGCCAAGAACAUGGACAGUGACUCCUGGUCGUCGGGAGGCGACAACAGCCCCCAACAGGUGUCGGACACCGACUCGCUGCUGCUUUGCCUCAGCGGCGGCCCGGAAUCAGGCCUCAGGGGUAGGCUGACCAGCAAGAGCAUGGUAACCCUGUCCUUGACCGAGAGAAGACCCGCGUUACGGCGCUCUGCUAGUGACGGAGCGGUCCGGCGUGCAGGUGGACCCUCACUCUGUAUUCAGAACCCCAAAGGUCUAGACACCAGUGCUGAUAAAGGGGCCACGGAGGCAAAAGACGCGGCGUGGGUCGAGGCCUCGGGGGCGGGGGAGCCGUCAGAAUCUCCGGUGCUUUGCAACGCCAACGGCAGUGACGAGCUGCUGCGAGACGCCGGCGGUGGCGAAGACCGCGGCGGGCGGCUGGACGAGAGCAGCGGCUCAGCCGACAGCCUCACGGGUUCUUCAGACAGCAACGCUGAUGCGCCAACCAAUCGGGGUCAGGCCAACCAUCGGGAGCCGACUGACGUGCGAGCACAGGGGGCCCGAUCCGUCAACAAGGGGCACGGCGUCACCGUCAACAAGAUGCAAGAGUGGAUGCACCGGGGCCGCCUGUUGUCCUCUGAGAUGAAGCAACGCAUCGAGGGCUCGUCGUCGCCCCGCGGCGGAGGCCGAAGCCAGGACAGGCCCUGUCCCCAGGGCAACCUCGGCAUGUCUAAAGCGGGGGUCCAGACAUCCAACCGAGGGGUCAAAUCUGUCAAGGCCAAAUCCCCGCAGCAGCAGCAGCCAGCUUUCAUUGAGAAUGUCCAAACCUCAUGUGCUAAUGGCCGUGAGGUGGGCAGGGCCAGUGAGUCGUCGCCACGGCGACCACCGCUCACCACCAUCACCGUCUCCAAGAAGCGCAACUGGCUGCAGCAGAGCUCCCUCGGGAAGAACCACUGCACCAAGGACGAGCUGCUGGGAAUGCUGGGAGCUGAGGAGGAGGGCUCCCAUCAGCCGCCGACCCCUCCCAGUCCCUCCCCAGACCACUUGAGACCUUCAGCACGGCCAGCCUGCCUGCAACUGCCUCAGAUCACCGUUGUUCCAGCCAAGGUUUCUCCUCACCCCCGCAGCGUGGACCCAGCCGAGGAGAACGACGCCGACGACGAAGGGGAGAUCUGGUACAACCCGAUCCCAGAGGACGACGAGCUGGAGACGUCUCGCCGACCCUCCGUCCGGCUGCGGGUCCCGCCUGGCGCAGAGUCCCACCGGAGGCCCAGCAGGGGAGGGGAUGCGGAUCGUGGCGGCCGGAGCCUGGGGGGCGGCGGCGGCGCGGGGCCGGAGCCCCCCGGGGAAAGCCUCGGGGGUGGUUCGGGAGACGGGAGUCAAGGCCAUGCGGCACAUUCCACAGAGGCACUGCAACCGCACAGGCCGACGCUGGCGUGCAAACCACAGGAGGAGGGGGGGCCGUCCACCAGCAAAGCCACAGACUGCGCUGACCUGCCCAAUGCUGUCAGCUCCCCUCCCUCCAGCCCAAACCCCGCCAAGAAAAGCAGCUCCAUCAACUGGUCCUUUCCGGACAAGAUCAAGUCCCCGCGCACCGUUAGGAAGCUCUCCAUGAAGAUGAAGAAACUCCCGGAGCUCAGCCGGAAACUCAGCAUCAAGGGGAACCCGAGUAGCGGCAACGGCAGCAGCGGCCACGGAAGCGGCCACCCAGAGCCCAGGGCCCCUUCUCUCCGAAACCACGCGCGUGGGUUGGAGGUCGUCCCCUAUUCCUCGGGCCCUCCCAGAUUAGCUGCGUCCGGGGGCGGGCAAGCCAGCCGCAACGUGAUCUCCCGCUACCACCUGGACAGCAGUGUGUCCACGCAGCACAGCUUCAGCAAGAAGAAAAGCAGCGGCGGCUCAAAGUCCGCCAGCAAAGGCGGCUACCUCAGUGACGGGGACUCACCGGAGCUCGUGGCCAAAUCCGGGAAGCACGGCUCAGCGGAGGCGAAGGCGGGGAGGGGCAAGGAGACGGACGGAGGAGGCGGAAGCUCUAAGGUCAACGGCACGGAGCUGGACAUUGACGCUUUCCGCCAUUACAGCUUCACAGAGCAGCCCAAGUGCAGCCAGUACAUCUCCGGACUGAUGAGCCUGCACUUUUAUGGCGCCGAGGACCUCAAACCGCCGCGCGUCGACUCCAGAGACGUCUACUGCGCCAUCCAAGUGGACUCCGUCAAUAAAGCACGAACUGCCCUGCUCACGUGCCGGACGGCCUUCCUCGACAUGGACCACACCUUCAACAUCGAGCUGGAGAACGCCCAGCACUUGAAGCUGGUGGUGUUCAGCUGGGAGCCGAUGCCGAGGCGCAACCGCGUCUGCUGCCACGGCACGGUGGUCCUGCCGGCGCUCUUCCGGGUGACGCGGUGCCACCAGCUGGCGGUGAAGCUGGAGCCGCGUGGCAUGAUCUACGUCAAGUUGGGCCUGAUGGAGCAGUGGCAGAACUCGCUGGACGGCGGGCCGGGCGGAGACAGGGAGCCACGGGUGUUCGGCGUGGAGGCGUGGCGGGUGGUGGAGCGGGAGAACACGGGGCUGAUGGUGCCGCUGCUUAUAAGCAAGUGCAUCAACGAGAUCGAGAAGAGAGGCUGUCAGGUGGUGGGGCUUUACCGGCUCUGCGGAUCGGCGGCCGUGAAGAAGGAGCUGCGCGAGGCGUUUGAGAGAGACAGCAGUGCCGUGGAGCUGUGUGAAAACACGUAUCCCGAUGUCAACGUCAUCACAGGGGUCCUGAAGGACUACUUGCGAGAGCUGCCCUACCCCCUGAUCACCAAGCACCUGUACGAGGCCGUGCUGGAGUCCAUGGCCACCAGGCCUCUGCGGAUCGGGGCGGGGGCCUGCGAGAACGACCAGGCCGACUCGGAGCACACCGUCAGACUGCUGGACAACCUGCCGGACGUGGAGCGGAUGACACUGCAGAAGCUCCUCGACCACCUGAAGCUAGUAGCGUCCUGCCAGGAAGUGAACAAGAUGACGUGUCAGAACCUGGCGGUGUGUUUCGGACCCGUGCUGCUCAGCCAGCGCCAGGAUGCGUCCUGCCACACCAACCGGGUCUUCAUCGACUCCGAGGAGCUGGCCAGCGCGCUGCACUUCAAGAAGCACAUCGAGGUCCUGCACUACCUGCUGCAGCUGUGGCCUGUUGUGGACCCGCACGGCCGGUCCUCCUCUCAGCCCCCCGUGGCCUAUUUGGCGCCGGCCGCACACGACCUCCUGUCAGCUCCUCCCCUGCGGCGCAGAAAAGAGCGGCCCCAGGUCCUGAACCUCUCUGAAGCGGAGAUGGCGGGCGUUCUGCGGCCCAAACCGGGGCGCUUGGACAGCCCCAGCAACCGCUACGCUGGCGACUGGAGCGGCUGUGGCGAGAGCUACUUCCCCUGUGAAACUCUGCUGCCUCCCAACAAUGAGGAGGCGGACUACGACGACGUGCCCUGCGAGGACACCGAGGCAGCGGAGGAGGUGCAGGCGAGGCCCGAGGAGGCGGAGAAAGACGACGGGCAGAUGAUCAUGAGCCCUGCGCCCGAUCCUGCCGUGCAGGAGCAGCCGCAGAGGGAGGAGUUGGUGAAGGAUGAGGAAAAUGAGGAGGACGAUGAGGAGGAGGAGGAAGUAGAAGAAGCAGAGGAGGAGAAGAAGCAAGUCAAAAGUAAUCCAACCAGCGGGGGGCUACUAGAGGACAAGGGGGAGGAGAGCAUGUGCGAGCACAUCCUGCCCCCUUGUCUGCCCAAAGAGCACACCUACCAGGCGUACAUGAAGAUCCAGGAGAUCAGCCCCGUGCUGAGCAACAGGGUGAACCUCAGAGACCUGCAGGAGAGCAUCGACACUCUGAUAGGAAACCUGGAGCGAGAGCUCAACAAGAACACGCUCAACGUCGGAUAUUGACUCCGGCUCCGGUGACCCACCGACACACAUAUGCACUCACACACACACACACACACACACACACACUGAAGACUGACCUUCUUUACCGUUCAAGGUGCUUCAGGAUACAGCUACAGUGUUUCCAUGGAGACGCUGUGAUGUUGGCGCGGUGCUUCUUUACAAACCUAAAGGACGAGGUGAGAAGAUAUGCAACGGGGCACUUCUGGCAUCUGUACUUUACCCACAGACAUUCCGAAAUGUUAUUUUAUUUUUAUCCUGUCGGCAGUUUUACUUCAUGUUGUAUGUUUGUUUUGGUCUGGUUCUGUGUUCCAUGUUGUUAUUGUUGCUUCUCUUCUUAUUAGAAGAACCCAUUGACCCCUCAGGGGUUUUAACGGUGCCUUAAUUGUGUGAAGGUGGUCCGGCGAGAGGGAGAUCCACCCUGAAAUAAGACAUUUACAUCGAAGGCGGGAGGGUGAUAUGUUGUACAGCAGGUAUGUGGGGGAGCUGUGGGGCUCGACUCAUGCAACCUUUUACACGGUGAGACUAGUGGCAAAAUUGCUGUACAAGUAUUUCAGUAAAGGGCCUCUGAAGUACAUUUUUGAACACUUCCGCAACCAUGGGAUACAUUUAAAUGAAUGCUUCUUUCAAUUAGGAAUUGAAUUACAAGAAAUUAUAAUUCAGAUGAAUAAUUUCUCACUGAUCCCUUCAUUUAUUAACCAGUAAACGUGUCUCUCAUGCUGAAGUUAAUUAGUUAAUUGCUUCUACGAGCAUGUAAACUCUGAUUAGUAACAUGAACCGAGAUCACAGGAGGAACGUUUUGUACAAUCUGUUUGAGGGUGGAUUUCCUUUUUUAAGGCAGCAGAGAGCUUUUGUAUUGAGGUAUGUAACACUAAAUGUUGUUCAACAGUAAUGCACUUAUAAGGCAGGCAGUAGUGUACAUUGUCAUCAUAUUUCACCCAGUAAACAAGAGUGUGGACAAAGAUAAGGGAGAAAAGCCACCAACUGAAACCUCCUCUCAAAGAUGAAUGUGAUGUGGCUGGAAGUUUAGUUACAUUCCGCAUUGAUGGAGAUGUUUAGACACCCACGAACAGGCAGAGAAUAAAACUCUUAUCACUGACUAACAGUCAAGCUGUAUUUGAUCUGAAGCGGGCAACUCAAAACAGAGAAAAUGGAUUUCAUAUGGCAUCAUAUUUACUUUUACUUACUUGCCGAAGAGUUCGCUGAUAAGAUUCCCACGUCUCGUCUGUAUAAUAGAAAUUCGGGGAGAACUAGAAGGUACUUGGCUCGGCUCAGUUGGGCUAUAGUUUAGCCUAAAGAUGGAUGCACGGGGAACAACAACAGCUGUUUCCUGUUCCACACCAUGCUUAGAUUAGAGAAUCUAUCAAUCUCCAACCUCUCUGCAGAAAAAGAGAAUAAGCUACUUUUCUCAAUAUGUGGAAUGAAUCCUUUUGGAUUCCACCAGCUGGUUGAUUUUCUGCUUCUCCCAUCUUUUUGGCAAAAGGAUAAAUUACAUGAAGCCCAAAUGUGAAGCCCAACUUCAGAGCAGCAGUGGGAACCUAGCAGAGCUCUUCAGUCUGUAUGACUCAUUCAGCUGCCUAAAUUGACAAAAGACGUUAUUAGCAAUCCAGGGAUUCAGAAUGAUCAGUAUUUAACCUGUAUAUGUACAUAAUUAUAUAAAUGUAUUCGGAGUAUAUUAUUUUUUACAGCUUCUAUUUUAAUGACGUAUUUAAAUGCUUGUGAUGACCUCGUAGUGUUGUAGAAAUAGUCGCCUUUUUCUCCCUUCAAGCUACCUGUACACAUUUUAAUGUGCUGGACUAAUGGUACAAUUUUAGCUGUAAAAUAUGAUAAAAUCGUGCUCUAAAAGUGAUAUUUUUAUGGGUUGUGUAUAUAUUGGACAUUGUUAUGUGUCUGUGGUGGACUAAGCUCUUUGUUUGUGACGAUUAUUAGUGUUUUCUUUUUUUAAGGUACUGAACGUUGCAUGGUCAAAAGCUUUACUGACACAAACAAGGCUUUGUAUUUGAUAUUUAUAUGUAAAAACACUUAUUUUGUAAUGUAUGCUUGUUUGUUUGUCAACCUUUUCCUCCAAUACUCAGAUUACUGUACUGGUCCAGUUUUUUUCUCCAGAGGAGUUACAUGCUGACAGUGAUUUUUCUUUGUGAAGCUUUUCCUACUACACAUUAUAGUCAGCAUUAUCUCAGAAUAUGGCCGUGUAUUUCCAUAGACUAGACAUAGACCUUCUGCAACACAAAGACAACCACGGGCCACGUUUACAGUACAGAAACCCAUCAGGAGGAGCAUCACCUGCAGUCUGAUCUCGUUUAGAUUUUUUUUUAUAAAUAGGAAAUUCAAUGAUGCUGAUUUCUGACCGCUUGCGAAACAGAUUCAAUUUCCCCCUUCAAUUUCGGGAGGUUUUUCACAAGGUAAACUUCUGAGUGGUGCUCAAACAAAUGCACGUAUUUUUCAAUUGCAGCGGCAACAUAUUAGGUACUCUUCCUGUAUAAUUUAGUGUCCUUUCAACUUUUCACCUCUUUUACACAGAAUACAUCAGCACAUUUCUGUGUGUGUUGCGUCUUGGAUUGUUGACUUUCUGUCUCGUCACGUGGAAAGCAUUAACAAAACAAAAAAGUGUUUUGUAUUGAACCUGAGAAAUGUGUGAUCAUAAUAAAGUAUAUUAUUUUACAUUUA